AUGUCAGCAUCACUAAAAGAUGGCAUUGCGCAUACCCCAAAUGAAUUGGAUUUCAUUUGAGCUAAUGGGCAUUUUGUUGCAUUUUAAAAACACUUGUUAUAUGUACAGUAAUGGACAAAAUUAUAUAGACAAAUUAAUAUUGUGCUGUAUUUCUUUUUUAACCUGUUUCAUUAAUACACCAACCUGUAUACUUUUAUUUGUCUUGGGGUUUUAA